UCAAGAACAGCUGGAUUUUUUAGGUUACAAAUUAAAAUUUAAACAUCGACAAAUUUGUCGAUCAAUAUUUAUUUAUUAGUGGCAUCUACUUGGUCCCUUCUCCAUAACCUGACUAUUCUUAGUAUAAAUAUUGUGCAAAAGUUUCACAGAAGACAAUGACAGAAUAUAAAAAGCCGCCCACAGAUCCAAAUCUAGUUAAAUUUAUGGAGAAAAAUGACUACGACUCCCUUGCAAAGUAUUUAGUAGGGAACAAUUUAAGAUUCCGUGAAAAUAUUAUAAUACCAAGAAUAUUGGGUCCUGUGAUCAUCAAGACAAACGAAGAGAAAAUGAUCGAAGCAACCGUUGAGAGCUGUCCUUUCAAAUCAUUGACCAGUUGUAUUAUAGGAUAUGGUCUCGGCGCAGCAGUAGGUCUGUUCACAUCUUCUUUAAUGCCAAAUGUAACGGACCCAAUGGCCCAACAAAAUCAAACAGCCAGAGAAAUAUUGCGAGAAAUGAAAAACUCCAUGAUGAGUUAUGCAAAAAACUUUGCAAUACUUGGUGCAGUCUUCUCUGGCGUUGAAUGUUGUAUAGAAACAGCGAGAGGGAAAUCUGACUGGAAAAAUGGAACUUAUGCUGGUGGGAUCACUGGAGGACUUAUUGGGUUAAGAGGGGGACUAAAGGCAGGUAUAUUCGGCGCCGCGGGCUUCGCUGCAUUUUCCACAGUAAUCGACUACUACAUGCAUCAACGUGGUUCAUGAUUAUUUACAUAGUAUGUUAUUUGUUAGAAAUAAAUAUUUAGUGCAUA